GUUUUCUUUUGUCCACAAAUAGAAGCACCACUGUUAAGUGGACAGUUCCUGAUGAAAGGAAAGAUAUUUAACGUAGACAUGAGAACGAAAAUCGGACAGUGUCACAAGUGGAAUGGUGAAAGAAAGUAGUGGUGACGACCAUAAGCGAGCGACGCUUCUUGUAGUUUGUGACUUAAUUUUCAAGUUACACCAGAGGGAAAACCGCCAGCAAGGACAACGUGUUAAAAAUCAAAUUGCACCAUGCCAGGAGAACGGUUAGUAUGCGUUUGGCAAGCUGCACAUGCAAACGAUCCAAACCCAAGAAACAAAACUAUUACCAAAGAUGCCUUGAAAAAAGUCAAUGUGCGAUUUGCAGGCUUUCAAUCUACGCAUUACAUGGAGAACAAAUUCGACAGCACCUUCAAAGACGGGGUAACCUUUGAAUUGUACAAAACUUACGUCCACAAAUCUCUUCUUGAAAAAGGAGUUCCAGAGCACGUGCUUCAUGACGACAUAGAAAAGGCAUGCUGGGAUUUAUCCAAGAGUAGCUAUAAAUGUUCUUUGCCAGGUAGCGAUCUCUUUCGUCUCUGGCAAGUUGCUAAUCGCCUUACGCAAGAGGGCACCUAUCCUCCCAUUAUAUGCACAGACGAAUGUCAAUGGCUAAGUGAGAAGAUCGCAUCCCACUUGGGAAAACACUGGAAAACAAACGAUCACACUUACAAGGCAGAUGGCGCCACUUUUCAAGAUUUGCUGGAUUCCCUCGAUGACGUAUACUUUCACGAGACAUCACCCGAUCUCGUCCACGCGUGCAUCAAGGAUUUGCACAAGUGGUUGGUGGAGGAGGUCAUGAAAACUGGAUGGAUGUACAAGCGUACGCGAAAGCAGGCCAACUGGACCAACUGGACCAAAAGGUGGUUCGUUUUAAAGCCUGGACGACUGGAGUACUAUGACAAGCCUGCCGUGGGGAAUUCGACCAGUCGCCUUAAAGGUGAAGUCGUUAUCUCUCAGAACACCAAACUUGAGUCAUUGCCAGACUACAGUGGACUGGUUCGCAAGCUGUCCGGCCGCUUUAAGGUAUCCAAUGCACAUGAAAUAGAGUGCGAGAUAGCGGAUGCUGCGACCGGUGCCAGCAACAAAGAGAGACGCGCAUGGCUGUCCUGCCUGGAGGAAGUCAUUGAGACGUGCAAGGAGGGCAUGACGCCGGUCCAGAAACUUCUCAACGAACGCCAUCGCAGGCGGGAGAUCAGUAGAGACGACAGCACGUCUAAAAUUGACAACGCCUUGUCAGCGACCUACGAACGGUCAGUUGAGGACCAGAAUGGCAACAGUCCUACUGAAGAUGGUAAAUACAUAGUACCGGUAAAAGCACCAAACUUCCAGCCAGUGCCUAUGUCCUCGCAUUCUAACGGACAGGCAAAGAAACCAGAUCCAGUGAAAAUUUCAAACUCGUCCGCUGAAGUCCCCCCUGUUAUAAAUGUUGAUCAACCAAGCAUAGACACAGAGGAAAACAAUGACAGCAACAUGAUCAAAGUUGCAGAAGAAAAACUGAAAGCCGUUUUCAUGAAAAUCGACACAAGUGGAAAUGGCUGGAUAGACCCCGAAGAGUUUUCAGCCUUCAUUCACAGCCUCGGUUUGAAGAUGACCGAGAAGGAGAUCAACCUGGUUUUCAACACUGUCGACAAAGAUUCCAACGGGAAAAUAAACUUCGAAGAGUUUGAGGAGUAUUUCUCAAGAUACAUCAUGGAUGAAAAUUGCUCGUCCGCGUGUGUCGCUGCCCUCAGGGGUGCGUUUCUUGAGGCAGAUCGUAACGGGACAGGGACCCUAAACUUCCACGAAUUUGCAGAGUACGUUUGGGAGAAAAAAAGAUCAAUUCGUGUUUCUAAAAUUCUGAAAGCUUUCAAGAAAAUGGAUGGCCAACAAAAAGGUGAGAUAACCUUUACAGAUUUCCGAGAUCUCUACUUGAGACCUGGUGGAGGGGUUGAGGCACCAAUUCCAGAGGAAGAGAUCGAGCUGGUCCAGGAAUCAGAUUCUUUGGACGUUUUUGAACGUCAGCUGAAGCAGACCUACGAUGACACGGACGUCGACACCCUAUCCCAUUACAUACGGGACAGAUGGGAUAAGUUCACCAGUUUUCGUCGCCUUGGCGCUUCCGGUGAGGUCGUGAUGAAGGGAGGGUCUGGCAUGGUGGCGGAUAUCGUUCCCGGGGACUACAACCUCAUGGACAUCGCCUGUUUUUCGGACCUUCCCCCUCUUGUCCCCAAAUGCACUGUCAUCAAAGGAGUCAAGUGGGUCUCCAGCACCAUUCCAGGGAUUUCUGGCAAAAUCGUUUUCCCGAGCGAUUUUAAUAAAGAGAUCGUCACCGAUUUGGCCACCAAUGAGCAUUUGAGGUACUACGGUUGUAGUUUUGCAGACUCGCAGCAGGUCAAGAUCUCUUUGAUGUACCGCCACGGAAUUCAAGAUUUCACCUACGAGAACAAAUACCUUGAGGAUUACGUCACCGUCUCCAAUGGCGGUGCAGGCAUCGAGAGACACGACUUCUCCCAUCUCGACUGCCCUCUGGUGGAAGACUCAGGAGUUUUCAUCAUGGCGAAACUUGUGGGAGAUGACGAAUUGCACGUGACCGGCUUCCGUGUUCCAGUCCGCCAUACACUGUAUAUACCCGGCGGUUGCAUCCAUUCUAAUGAUUACCUUAAAGGCACGUGGAGAACCAUGCUCUCUGAUGAAACUGACAUUGACCACGUGCACUUGGUGAAGAAAUCAGCGAAAGCGCUGGACGAGAAUUUAACGGGCUUUAAAUUUCAGUUUGUGUAACACCUUCUGAGUCUUUAUAUAAUGUCAUGGUGACUUUCUUUCCCCAGUCCCUUUUUACCAUGAUUUGAUUGUAACCCCAUUUCAAUUUAUCCAGUUCUACCAGAGGUGCGUUCCCUCUAUGAACUAACACCAAAAUGACUGAGUAAGAGUAAUAUUCUCUAGCGAAAUUUUACCCAAUCAAUUUGGGGAAUUUUUGAGAAAUUCAAAUUAGAUUCAGAAUACUAAUUUUAAUCUUAAAAGAAGUUUGUUAGAGCGUUUUUAAAUAGUCUCUGUAUACUAAAAAAAGAAAUCGUUUGUUCAUCUCUCUUACAUGCCUUUUUUAUAAAACUUUCCUAUAUUACAUUCAUUUGAAAGGUAUUGUUAGAAUAUGAGCGUUUAUUUUGUAGGCCUUGUAAAAGCUUUAAUUUGCUUUAAAUUCCAGUGGAUUAUUUGAAGGUUAUUUGCCAAAAUUUUCCAGUUGGUUAGAUGUCAUUAUGUAGAGAAGAUGACGUUAAAAAUAAUACUGUUAUCAUUUAAUUAUACCAGUUUUCAUUGUAAAUACAUUUAGACGAUAAACUAAAGUUUAAAGUCUUUACACAUUAAGGCAAUUUUGAAUGUUGUCUACUUAAUUUCCGUUAUAGUCUUUUUGUACUUAAAGAUAGAAAAUGAUUUAUAAAUAAAUCAAAAGAAAUUUUCAAAUGAUAAA